ACGAGCGCAUGCUCACUUGUGCCCGCAGCCCUGGACCAUAUUUGUCAGGACUACUCGAGAGACGGAGAAAGAGAGAUUGGGGGGGGGACUCUGGAGAUUGGCUGAGCACGAGCGAGGAGGGUUCACUCGCAAAUCUCCCGAGUCCGCCGGAGAGCACUCGCCCUCCUCCCCGGGGGUGGGGAUGGAGGAGGAGAAGUGCAUGCAUCAUGAAUGAAUCUGCGUCGAGUGCAAGUGGCCAAGAGUUUGAUGUAUUCAGUGUUAUGGACUGGAAGGAUGGCAUAGGUACACUGCCAGGAAGUGACCUGAAGUUCAGAGUGAAUGAGUUCGGUGCCCUGGAAGUCAUCACAGAUGAAACAGAGAUGGAAAGUGUUAAAAAGGCCACUGCUACCACAACCUGGAUGGUGCCAACUGCUCAAGAAGCCUUUUCAGAAAAGACUGGGAUUCCCCUGAAGUUGAAGGACGCUACAAAAGUGGAUGGGCUUAUUUUCUGUGAAAACUGUUACCACGAUGGUACCACAGAAGAGUUUGUUUCUGAAGGAAAAUUUUGCAGCCAGAAAUGUGCACAUCACAUCAAAAACAAAGAACCAAAGGAGGAUAAAGAUGGUGUGGAAUGUAAUGAGGAAGAUGAUUCUAAAGGGACUAGGAAAAGAAAAACAAAAUUACCUUUGAAAGAUGAGUGCAAAGAAGAUGGAGAAGACAAGAAAGAGAAGGAUGAAACUGAGGAGAAGCAUGAAGGGAGGAUACUGAGAGUCUCUCAGAGAGCCAGAAGAAAAAGAAAAGGUGAUAUGGCCAUUUUAAAGCAACCUUUAUAUUCUAAAGGAAAGAAACUAUGGUGCUGGGCUUCAUAUUUGGAGGAAGAAAAGGCUACAGCAGCACCUACAAAGCUUUUUAAAGAGUAUCAGUCCUUCCCAUAUGGCAAAAAUGGAUUCAAAGUAGGAAUGAAACUGGAAGGAGUGGAUCCUGAACACCAGUCAAUGUACUGCAUUCUCACUGUGGCUGAGGUUUUAGGCUACAGGAUACGCCUCCAUUUUGAUGAAUACUUGGAUUGUUACGACUUCUGGGUAAAUGCUGAUUCUUCAGACAUUCAUCCAGCUGGAUGGUGCGAGAAAACAGGUCACAAACUUCACCCACCAAAAGGAUAUGAAGAAGAGGAAUUUAACUGGCCCUCAUAUCUUAAAACAUGUAAGGCUCAACCUGCUCCUAAAUCUUUGUUUGAAAACCAGAACACGACAGUUAUUCCAUCGGGAUUUCGAGUGGGAAUGAAGCUUGAAGCUGUAGACAAAAAAAAUCCUACAUUCAUCUGUGUUGCUACAGUAACAGACAUGGUGGACAAUCGUUUCCUGGUUCAUUUUGAUAACUGGGAUGAGAGCUAUGACUAUUGGUGUGAGGCAGCUAGCCCACACAUUCAUCCCAUUGGAUGGUGUAAAGAACAUAGAAGAACUCUUAUCACCCCUCCAGAUUAUCCACAUGCCAAACAUUUUUCUUGGGAAAAAUAUUUGGAAGAAACCAGUUCUUUACCUGCACCUGCAAGGGCUUUUAAAGUGAAACCAUCUCAUGGAUUUCAGAAAAAUAUGAAACUUGAGGUAGUUGACAAGAGGAAUCCAGUACUUAUCAGAGUAGCAACUGUUGUAGAUAUUGAUGACCACAGGAUAAAAGUGCACUUUGAUGGUUGGGAUAGUAUUUAUGAUUAUUGGACUGAUGCAGAUAGCCCCGAUAUCCAUCCUGCAGGCUGGUGUGCAAAAACUGGACACCCACUUCAGCCUCCUCUAAGUCCCUUGGAAUUAGUGGAAGCUUUAGAACAUGGAGGAUGCCCUACUGCAGGAUGCAAAGGAGUUGGACACAUAAAACGAGCAAGACACAUGGGCCAUCACAG